AUGCCUUCAAAAAAAGAUUCUGCUGAAACACUGGCUCAACCAGCAUAUAACAAAAAUGUUCUACGAACAAACACUCUUUGUAUGUGUAGUUACUGUCGUGGAACUCAAGCUCAAGCAGGAUACAUUAGACGUGAUGGACCAACGAAAGUUUCUUACAACUAUGGAAACAGUGAAGGAAAUCAAGUUGAACCCGUAUACAACAGAGGUGAUCGACGGAUGGAAGAAUUUCUUAUUAAAGGAAUCUCGGGCAGAGCUCUGGAAAUGUACAAUAUCAUGAAACAUCAAGGAAGUACAGAAGAAGACACUAUAUAUGUGAAAAAUUCUAGGAAAGUUAGACCUAGAGCGUUGAUUACGAAUUUGACCCAAUUUGAAACAGUCUGCAGGUCUUCAACAGUGAAGGAUGGCAUCAGGAAAAUGAUCAGCAAUAUCAAAGGUAUGAAUCCUCGCGGCGAUACUCGAAUGUUUGUUUGUCGCAGUGGUUUGAGAAGUGAAGCAAAGCUCGAAUUCGUAUGCCUCGUAGUACAUAU